AUGCUUCUAGAUUUCCCUCCAGAGCUUACCCAACUCAUAUUGUUGAAUUGUACUACCCCCGCCUUUCUGCAGGCCGCCUUCACCUGCCGCAUUCUCUAUGAGAUCGCAUCCAGCUCUCGGGAAGUCCUUGCCCAUCAUCUACGACGGACUCCGGGCCCGUCUUUGGAUACUUCAUCUCUCAGAACAAGCCAUCUUUUUCCAUUGCUAAAGUGCCGCGCUACCAAACAAUUGUAUGGAAGCCAAUUUGAUGCGAGUUGCAUAACAUUUAAGUUCGGCGACCAAGCACCCAGCCUUAAAGCAUCGUCAGUUGUCUCGCACAAUGACAAGUCUCUCAUCCUAACCGCAUACUGCAAACAGGGAAUUAUCCCAAUUCUCCAAGUAAGAGAGGGGCAGGUCCUAUCGUUCUCGCGGGCGAAACUACCCUGGUUUCAACCAGGAUCAGUUGAGAUACUGAAGACGGCUUUUGGCGGUAGUGAUUUGAUCUAUGUGCUCCAUAGGUUUACGCCCCAUAUAGAAGAACACGAUUUUGAUGAAGACCAUCCGUUUGUGAAGCAGGCAAGGGAAUCCGGCCGGGGUGGACUCGUUUAUCUCAGCUGCCAUUCCCUGCGAUUCCCAGAUGACCCAGUGAGAGUGACCACGUUCCCUGAACAUGUGGACUUUGAGCCGUCAGCUUUGGCUGUGUCUACCAACGGCGGGACAUUUGCUAUCUCAUGGUGUCAUCGCAUGUUGUCAGAGCACACAGUUAUCCUGUACACCAUUAGUAACGAACAGGAAUCCAAUAUUGCGCCUAGUGUGGUCGGAUUCUUCUACUCCUCUCGGCAGCUGCGGAAAUGGUAUGGUAAUACGCGAGGCCCAUUGAUCAGGGAAGUCACAUUCAAUGACAGAUCGACCCAAUUACUAUAUUACUAUCAAGCAAAAUCAUCAUAUGCGUCAUUUCAGAAGUUAGAUACCUCAGGGUCUCCAACUCUAUACGAAAACUCGACACUUGUCCACUACGCUAACAGCCUGAGUCUUCUCUUUUCAAUCGAGAUUCCCUUCUUUGGCACGCAUGAAACUAGUGAUUUUAACGGAUAUGGGGUAUGUCGGUGGAGAUAUCUGUCUCUCGGCAUUGCCACACAUCGCAAGGAGAACUGGACGGUUGCGUGUCUCUUGAGGUCUCAAGCCACUUGUCGGAGUCUUAGAUGUGGACAUAGCAUGAACUUGGAUCGUGGGCGACGCUUGACAGACUGGGUUAUUGUGGCACGUCUUUGGGGAUUUCGGGACUCGACGGAUUCACUGGGCUGUAAAAUCGCUGCGUCCAGCGAAGGGACUAGGAUUGCCGUUUCGAACUGGAACGUGGUCUAUGUAUGGGCGCUGGAGCCUGGCGUCCUAAUUGACAUGGAUCCUGAAGAAUAUUAUCAUUCAUCGUGGCGGUCGCCGAGCACCGGGCAAAUUGAGCUGCGCCCUGUUGUCCUGCAUCUUGAUGCAGUUUGUUUCCAACUUCGUUUUACAGAAAAGGAGAAUGAACUAGUCGCUAUUACCGACCGAGGGAUCAUGCUAUGGGAUCUCACUCAAUCCACGAGAAGGACCCGGACAUGCCAGGAACUACCAAUCUAA